AUGCCGUCAAAGAUGCCCGUACCACAUAAAUCCGAGGCCUCCCAUAAGACACACGGUACUGGCUCCCGCAAGAAAACCUCACUCAUGAACGCAUUUCGCUCCAAGGGUCCCACAGACCAGCAUGGCCGAACCAACUCCCCGAUUGAGACUAUCCGUCCUAAGGGCAUCCUGAAGAAUCCGCUCCCAAGCGUCGCAGAGCCCAACAAUGAUCACGUCAGACGCGUUCUCACUUCGUCUUCGUCAGAAGCGUUCAUUGCGAAGAUGAAAUCGGAGCUUUACUUAUCUCAAUUCAAGCGGGCCCAAGAAGCCUACCUCGAGCGCGACCUCGACCUCUGUAUCCACCACUGCACCGAGAUCCUCGAAUCCUCCUCCCUCCACCUCGAUACCCGUAUCGAAACCCUCCAGCUCCUCGCCACCAUCACCCCCUUGUCAAAAGCCCACGAGCACCUGUCUGCUGCCCUUCGCCUGCUCGAUCUCGCGGCUGUCCGUGGAGCGAACGGCGAGCACUUGCAAAUCCUGCUCGGUCUGCGCAUCACGACGCUUGAUAUUCUGGCGAGAGUGGAGAACGAGAUUGUCAUGUUCGAGCUUGGCGUGGAUGACAGCGAUAGCCAGGGAAGGAUCGGUUCCGUUCGGUUUAAAGGGGCCAAGAGGAUGGGAGCGAAUGUGAAGAUGAUCUACCGGCCACUUGUUUCGCUCCUGGCUCGUUCUAUGCCCUUACAUAAGUUAAAUGGGAUGGGAGGUGUUAUGGCGGCGGAGAGAAAUCCGAGGUUGGACUAA